CAUUCAUUAUGAUAUAUGUAUAUAUAUGAUGAUGAUGAUGAUGAAAAUCAAUCGAAGCUCAAGCUCAAGCUCCUCCCCAGAUCAGGGCAUUUCUUGCUUGGUUCUUCGCGGGUACGAAUUAAUCGAUCGAUUAAUCAGAUUGCAGCAGCCCUUCUAUUUCCUGGGGCUGAAUUCAUGGGAAAACCAAAGCAAAGACAUGUAGCAGCGAAGCCUGCAAGCAAAAAGAAUGAUUCUGAUGGUGAAGAUGGUUGGGUUAUAGUAAAAAAGCAGAGAGUCACCAUUCUGGUGCCUCCCCUUCCUGUUGGGAGGAUGCUAGACCCAGGACCAAGUAAGCCAGAUGCAGCUGUGCCGGUGAAAGCAGUCAAUCAUAAAUCGACUGUUCUGAUUGAGGCUACUACUAAUACCAGGAGGAUUUCUUUAGUUGAUGAACUGGAGAAACUCGCACCAUUGGCUCCUAAUAGAGGUGGUGAUCCUAUUACUGCCACAGCAACUCCUCCUGCACACCACUUUUCAGCUUUACACAGUCUACGUAGACUGAAUGUAACCAUGGAAUCGAGAAAGCCAAACCUAGCCGAUACUUUUAGGUCUAUUGAUGCGCUUGGAGUGUCAAACAUAUCCAAAACAAUCAAGCGGUCAAGACUUUUGCUUGGGCCAGGUAGUUUCCUUGAUGGUGAGAUGUUGCUAAAUCAGAGGCUAAGGGCAUCACUUCUUGAGAAGAAGCUUCAAAAGGCUGGUGGAUUGAGCAGGUGGUUAGCAUCAAUUGGGCUGCGGCAGUUUGUGAGGAUUUUUCAAGAGAAGAGUUUCAGUAAGUUUCAGCUGGUGAAUCUAAGCAUGAAGAAGCUGAAGGAUAUGGGUGCGGAUGCGGUGGGCCCUCGGAGAAAGCUGAUCCAUGCUAUCGACUGCAUUUGUCAGCCACACUGUUUCGGAGCUCACUAAAAUGUUAAUAAGUCAGCCAAAGAGGAGGGGUGCUUUGAGCCAUCCAGUUGCUGGAAUUUGGGGACUUUUAGCCCUUCACCUGGCUGAUGAGUCUAUUCUUCCAUUAGAUUACCACUCUUAUGUGGAGCAGUUACAGGUGCGCAUCUGAUCUUGGAUGUGUAAGGAUGGAUCAAAAUUUCUCCAAAAUAUAUCUUGUCAGUUAAAUAAAGUAGACUGGAUGUUGAGUUUCUGCUUUAGCCUCAUAGAAAUGAGUUGUGAGGUUUGACUACUCAUAGAAAAUGUAAAAAAUACUAUCAAGUGACCAAGAUGAACGGAAACUUGCCAACAGUGAUGAUUAUUGCAUUUCUAUUUGAAACCCGGGGAUGCCUCCUUCAGAUUCAUCAUGUACCUUGGCAGGGGCAUCCAGGUUCCCUGAGCAAACUAUUGGCCUGCAACAUAUCUCUUCAUCCUUUAGUAAACUCGAUUCAAGAACUUGCCUCUGCUGCCAAGGUUGUGGAGCAUGAAAUCAAGGUAAACUGUGGAAGUAAUUAUUGGACUCUCUGUAUUUAAGGGGAGAUAAUGAAAACCUAUUACAUUUUAUGGCGA